GAAAGCAUCCCGGGUGUUGCUUACCAAACGGACAUCCCAGCACACUCUACCAAAGAGCGUGAAAAUGCUUUCCUACCUUUGCAAAGCCCAAUCUGGCACAUUCGAGGUAACCAACUGCCUCGGGAAGGUAUACCUGGGCUCCACACUCCAACCGCUUACCGAGGGACGAAGGGCGCACCAUUUGCGUGGCAUUUCGAAAACUUGAAGCUGGGCGCCAUCAAUUAUCUCUACCGCGGGCGGAAAGUAUGGUUUCUUACCGAGCCAGGAUCAUUCGACAAUGCGACUGAGGCGUUCAGCAACGUAUUGGGGCUCGAGGCGGACCAUGACCAAUUCCUGCGGCACCAAGCGUUGCACUACGGCAUCAAGCGCCUGCAAAGCGAAGGCGCCCCGACGAUAGGUUUUAUGCAGGAGGCUUGGCAGAUGGUUGUCGUCUACCCGGGUGCCUACCACUCUGGUUCAGUGCGGCGGACUCUCUGGCCGAAGCCGUCAACUACGCCGAUCAGCUGUACACUUACUCAGAGGAGUACAAGCCCUGCGAUGGACGCUGCCACAAAGAUCAGGAGCCGAUCACGCGCGAGCUAGUCUUCCCCCCCGAGGCAGAGACUACCCCUGCUGAUGAGGAGGCUAGUUCUGCCCUACGGCGGUCCCCAAGGCAAGUCGCCACUUUGCGCCCUGCGCCUGCCAAGGCUUCCAUGGGCUCCCCAAGGGGCCCUCAAAAGAGGAAACGCUCCGCAGGCGAGCGAGGGUCAGCAAUACACACUAGACAAAGAAAC